UUUCAGAUGAGUUUGUUCUUUAAAACGGUUACAAAAGUCAGUGCGAAUGCAGCGCGUUGUGGUGUUUUGGUGAACAGGCGAUUGCCUACACGAUGUGUAUUUUGCGAGCGGCUUCUCACCUCUCAACCUAAAGCAGAAGCAGACCCUCACAGUAAAAAGGAAACGCUACAAAAUGAUAAAGACGCGAAUGAAAUGAAAAAACAGAAUGUGGAGAUGGAAAAUAUUCGCAAAUCCUUGGAAGAAGAUUCCAGAGUUGACAUCAUAGAACAGGAUUACAAGAAAGUGAUAUCGAUUCAAGAUAUCCCGAAACACGAGCUACCAGUCAAGGAUAUUAUAGGAAAGACUCCGACAGUGUGGUGGGACACUGAGAUGAACAGACCUUGGAUCAGAGAGAGACUGUGGCAGCAGGACCCCAUAAUAGAACAAUUGCAACCCAUGGCACUGGGCAAGCUCAGGAAGCCAAAACUGCGCACAGUUAAAAAGGCUCACAUCCGAACACUUGACCAGCAAUUUGUAAACGCGUACGAAACUAUAGGCGCCAACAAAGUGGCGUUUGAGUCUGUAGUCAGCGAGUUCCGAAGAACAAGUGUGAGAGGCUGGGGAUUUCUAGAGUUCCAGUACGUUGCAAUGGAAUACAUGAAGGCUUUUAAUGUCGAUAAGGAUGUGGAUUGUUAUAAUCAACUGUUGAAUAUGUACCCGAGGGGACCAUUGAGAAUAGCAAAUUACUUCUCAGAAGCGAUGCACCAUGGUAUCCUCGAGCAACAUGCUGCCGUGAAAGUUAUCAAACGCAUGGCGUCGAAGGAAGCUUACCCAAACACCGAUACCCUAGACAUAAUGCUCGACGUCUUCGGACCCAGGUGCGGUCCAGUAGACCUGAUGCGUCAAUUGUGGUACUGGGUUCCCAAAUUACGAAAUCUCAACCCGUGGCUUGUUCCUGACCCAUUGCCAAGCAAUCCAUUAGAUACAGCCAAGAUUCUAUUAGAAAGAAUGGGGGAUUAUGACCAGGUGUUUGACUUGAUGUGCGGAUCCUAUGAGACUGCGGACGUGGAUCCGGCGUACCUGAUGAGUUCAAUGAACGAAGAACAGCGAGAAGAGUUGGCAGCAUUACCUAAAGGAUCUAACAUCACAGUAACAGGGCCGUUUUUUCAAUACAUAACAAGACGAAUGUCACAGCAGUACUUCGUCUUACGGGGCGAUCCGCCGAUGUACGAAGUGAAGCCGAGAACAGACGAAAUUGAGUUCCACCCUGAAGACUACGAAGAGGGUUACGUGUAUGCAAUUGCUAUCACAGGACAGCCCGACCAGUACAUGGCGCGACUGUGGAUUAAGGAGCUGGCUAAGAAGAAUUCGAAUAUUGAGAACUUGUUUGUAACGUUUAACCUGACUGGCGGAACAGAACUACUUGAUGUAUGCCAUGAAUCUUGAAUUGAAUUUUUCAUUUA